AUGACCUCCAUCCAGCUUUUCCCCAAUGUCGAGCACACCCCCGUGGUGCCGAAGGAAUGGGGGUCAGGCAAGCUAAAGGAGGACGUCAAUGUAUACAUCCCGGGGCCCCCUACCUGGCAAUACAAGGGAGAACCAAUAGAUCAGUUUUACACCCUCACCAAGCUCAAACUUAGUAACGUCCGCAGUAACGAUGCUUUACUUUCGAAACCACAAGAGGCUCCUAUGGGAGAAAUUCUCAUCAACAAAGAUUUCCCUGCAGAACAUCCGUACAGUUCUCACAUGCCGAGGUAUUCACUCUUUCCUAAGUUUGAUUCCCCGGAGGAUCCAAAGAGGGGAGUGGCUGCAAGAAAAGUCCAGCCAAUUAAUGCUGAGAUGCCAGCGACAGCCCAUGAUGUCACUAUUCUCCACAAAACAAAAGGGCAUGGACAUCGACAGGAGGUUGAAACGAUUCCUAAGGCAUCGGAGAAGAAAGCCCUGGAAUGGUCAGGAGAACAUGGAUUUAAUCAGCUUGUGAAGACUCAUGGUGGAAGACAACAAUUUUACCCCAUCCCACCAAAGACUGUGGCUCCAAAUCUCCAGGACCGUUGGCCGGAUAUGAAGGUGUCUGAUCGAACAGCUAAUGCUUUACGUAAUGUAGAGCGAAACCAAUGGCACACAACAUAUGACCUCAAUCACACUGGACUAGGCCCGGCUAACCCACUCAAGCUCGACAAUAUCGAUGACAAGAUAGCCAAAUAUGAAGCCACUGGUCUUGAUGACGAUAUACUGUACCCACGAUCGAUAAACACAAUUGACCCUCCACGGCCAUUUGAAGGGCGCAUUUCAAAAAUGCUCAUCCCAAAGCCACCAAACCAGAAACCGGACAAAUCUGCAGACCAGAAUACAGGAUAUGUGAGGAUGAUGACCCUACAUGAGAAAGAAGAGGACCGUUUGUGGAAUGGUAAGGAGUAUGUGAGUUUACCUAACACUAACAAAGGUGCCACUAAACAGCACAAGAAUUUACGCUGGAAGGAACUUAAUGAUGGGGCACACCCUCAGGUAAAUAUCAACAAACUGAAUGAGGCAGCUGAGGGGGAGUUCCCAGACGACAUUCCUUACGUCCCGACAGUAGGGAUGCCUGAGAGAACAGAGGAGGACUACCUCGCCACCACCAAAGUCAAACGAGACAUGGACAUCCAGGAGAUGGAAGCACAAAACCGCUUCAAGGUUUUGGAGGCCCAGACACCUGGUCAUGAACUGACAGCUCUUAACUGUAAGUACCAACAUCUGAACGACAAAGAAAAACCAAACACUUUCUAUAGUCACGAGGGCAAGUACAAUGAGGAAAGAGCUGGGAUGUACCGUACCAGUUAUAUACCUGAACGCCUCACCAACAGUAUGAGCGGACUCGAGCGAAGCCCACCAGAAAUCAUGAAUACUAUGCAUUCUCAUGUAGAUGCUUUGAAUUUACCAACAAAGCUGAAUAGAGAUAUGAAAGAUGCUUUAAGAUAUAGUCGCACUUUAAAUACCAGCACCCCGAACUUAACCGGCGAUAUGCGCGAUUCCUACGAGGUUUUAACUCCAUUAAACCAUGUUAAAGAGGCACAGAAAAUGACACUCCAACCAACAGAGGAAACAGCACGAGUUCCUGUCCUGGAGAAAGAGACGAUUCUCAAGGAGAGUGUCACUGGUAGUAGCUACAAUACACACAAAUUUCUACAGGAAAAUCAGCUACCCAGAUUUGCCCGACAGGAACCACUGAAUGUUAUGUCGACAGAAAAUCAAAACUUAGCCAAUGUUCGUCUGAUAUCAGGAUUAAAACCACAGAAAAGUGUGUCAUUUUCAGACAGCGUCACUGUGGCAAGUGGUGAUGAGAACGGAAAUGUGCGGAUUAUAAGCGCUCCGUCAAGAAUGCAGCGCGGAGAAGGUAAAGAAAAUAUCCCCCCAUGUAAGGUUAGUUCUACACAGUACACCAGCACCCAGGCACUGUAUCAUCCUAUGAAUGACCAGGAGGAACCUCCCAAACAAGAGCCCUCCAUCUUUGAGCUUCAGAUGAAAGCAUUGAGUGAGGAAAGAGAGUUGGAAAAACAGAUGGAAAAGAAAGAAAACCCUGUUAUGGCCACACGACAACCGAGACGCCGAGCAGCAACUUCUCUUGAUACUGAAUACCAUGAUGAAUAUAGGAGUUUGUCUUCAAAUAUCGCCCCAACCAAUUUACGACAUUCCAUGCAGUUCAGCACAGCUUAUCAAAACCAGUUUCCAGUAUACCAUGACCUCACUUACAAACAAGACCCACGCUUCCUGUGGGAACCAGGUUUUGGUUCACCUAGACCGCAGACGGAUCUGAUCAAAAUACAGGAUCGCUUCAGCAAGUCUAAUGUUCGAAAGAAGUUCCACAGCACAUUCAUGGAGAGUAAUCCUGAUCUUCGGGAGAAUAUAGUCAAAGGGAAAAAACAUUCAUUUUUUGGUAUGAAUGCCCAAAAUUUGCACGGCUAA